AGUGGGCGGGUGCUGCCUUCCCUCCACUAACAUGGCCGCCGCCGCUGCUGCUGUGCGGCUGCUGUUAGUGGCCGGACUGGGGGCAUCACGGGUGGUAGGUGAGGGCAGCGAGCAGGCUCAGGUGCUGGGGGUGCGUUUGGAGAAUGGAACUGGAGCUUCUAUGGACGGAGGGAUAAUCAGUGCUCGUCCCGGUUCUGUGUUCUUCCUCCGCCUCUAUGGCUUGGGUCUCCGCAAUAAUACCUGGCCCUGGCUGUCUAUUGGUGCCCCUGGGGGCCAAAGCUGCACUUCCGCCCCAGAUGCACCCUUGCAGCUGCUCCAGAGGUUCCUGGUCUGUGGUGAGCACUCGUGCCUGGUCGCUGUCCAGGUUCAGGAAGGGGUCACGGUGCAGAAAGACCUCCUGUACCCACUGUGUAUCCUCCAGGGAGGGGAAUGGGUCCUUUAUUCAGGGGGGGACAUGCUCUUUGCAGUGUUGGGGGAUGGGGAGAAGUCAUUUGGGGGAGACCGGGGCUCAUGUGACCAGUUUGUGGACAAGGAUCAGGCCAGCGAUGGCGCCACAGAUGAAUAUUUAGCGACUUGGCUCCUGGCAUUUCUAAUCGUCCUGUGUGUGCUGCUCUCUGGCCUUCUCCGAGGUCUGCAAUUGAGCACCCUGAUCCUGGAGCCGCCAGAACUUGGUAUUCUUAGAGACUGGGGUUCCCCCUCCGAAAGACUGGGCGCCGCGAGGCUGGACUACCUAAGGACUCGUUGGGGAGGUUAUACGCUGAUUUCCCUGCUGGCCCUGUGCUGUAUCGCCAACGCGGCUGUAGCCGUCUUGCUGUAUCUGGCCAUUGGCUCCAUAGCUGGUGCCAUCUUUUCAGCAGCUGGACUACUCUGGUUGGCUGGAGAAGCUCUACCGGCUGCCAUCAGUUCCCGCUGGGGUCCUUGGCUGGCAUCCAAGUGCCUUUGGCUCACCCACUUUUUGCUGCUGCUUCCUGGGCCCAUUUCAUUUCCCUUGUCCUGGCUUCUGGAGAAGAUGAUUGGCCUGGACCCAAGCUGCUGCUACAUGAGACUACGGAUCCUAGAGAUGGCCAGGUGCGGGGAUCCCUACAGCGAGUUGGUGAGGGACGAAUUCAGCAAGGGAGCUUUAAGAAACAGGACGGUGGAAGAUAUCUUAACGCUUGUGAAUGACUGCUUCAUGCUGGCCACCGAUGCCCUCCUGGACUUCAGCACCAUGUCUAGCAUCAUGGAGAGUGGCUACACCCGUAUACCAGUCUAUGAAAACGAGCGGACCAACAUUGUGGAUAUCCUUUAUCUGAAAGACUUGGCUUAUGUGGAUCCAGAUGACUGCACCCCUCUGAGCACCAUUACCCGCUUCUACAGUCACCCUGUCCACUUUGUGUUUAGUGACACCAAGUUGGACGCUGUGCUGGAGGAGUUUAAAAAGGGUAAGUCGCACAUGGCUAUGGUCCAGAAAGUGAAUAACGAAGGAGAAGGCGAUCCGUUCUACGAGGUGAUGGGGCUAGUCACAUUGGAGGAUGUUAUUGAGGAGAUUAUAAAAUCGGAGAUAUUGGACGAAUCAGAGGAUUACAAACAAGCCGUAAAGAAGAAGCAUCCUAAAGUGCAUCCAAUUACAAUACCACGUGGAGGAGAGGACUUGUCCUUUUUCAAGGGUGGUGACAUGGAACAAAAAGUCAAGAUAUCACCCCAACUAUUACUGGCCACUCAGCGCUUCUUAUCUCAGGAAGUGGAGCUUUUCAGUACCUCUCGGAUGUCAGAGAAGGCCCUCUUGCACUUGCUUAAACUCCCAGGAGUCACACACGAGGUGAAAUUUGAUGACAGCGAACGGUUUGCCCCUGAACACUAUCUGUAUCAGCGCAGCCAACCUGUGGACUAUUUCAUUCUUAUUCUACAGGGCAAAGUGCAGGUAGAGAUUGGGAAGGAAGGUCUAAAGUUUGAGAAUGGAGCAUUUACUUAUUACGGAGUUGCUGCAUUGAGUCUGUGCCUUUUAAGUUCUAACUCUCCAUCCAGUGGCCAAGAGCAGAGUGAGUCUCCAGACUCUGGUUUUUACUGUCCUGACUACUCUGUGAGAGCGUUGUCUGAUCUACAGAUAGUCAAGGUCUCUCGGCUUCAGUAUCUCAAUGCUCUGCGGAGCUCUCAUUCACACACCAGUGCUCAGUCUCCAGACAGCAUAGAGCUGAAGAUAUUUCCAAACAGCCAGACACAGCUAUUGAAUGACAAGAAUGCUGGAUCAGCAUUUCUAAUCAACGCUGCUGUUAUGGGCACAAUAGAGAGUGUCAGCUAAUAGCUGACCAUGCUGGUAAAUGCAGAGAGCUGAAGCAGGAAGAGAGACCGAGCGCUGGAAUAGAGAUGAUAGCUGAGUGAUCAUCACCUUACCUCAUCAAGAACCUGGGAUCAAAGAAUCACGAGUAGCACUGAUCAUGUCUCAAGCAGUUCCUUACUGGUGCCAUUUCUUUUUUUUUUUUCUGUGGAAAGUGAUGUUUCAAGAGAACAUCCAUUGUAUAGAGUGAUGUUCCCUGGCAGAUCACAGGAACAUCACCACUUGUAGUGUAGAUAUUGCUUGCCAUUACCCGGCGUUUCCGUCCACAGAGGAAGGCAAAGUACUAGCGGACGCUCCACUGCACACUGGAGGACUGAAAUUGCAAAGGUGUUGGGUUAUUAAUAUUUUAUAGAACAGAUAUGUUUAUUUUUUAUUAAGCUAAUUGGCGGCUGGAAAAGUGGAGAUUGGAACCAUUAACAAAAAAGACAUUUUAUCUCAAGGUGUAGUGUGUGUAUAUGUGUGCUGGUACCAACAAAACAGCCAAUUGGAAGCACGCUUAGGCUGUGGACCUAAACAACAGAAGACUAAAGGAAGAGAUGCAAGAUGAUGCUGUGACUAGAAGAUUUUAGUUAGAGGCAUACAGAUUUUCCGUAGAAUACUGUUAAGAAAAAAUAAAAAAUAAAUCAGCAAUUUUAUUCAGCAACGGAAACCAUAACCAUUUCCAUCUGGCAUUGACAGAUUAUUUUAAACCCCCCUCCCCAAUCUACAAUUUCUUCAAGCUGAUAAUGUUUUAUGAAAUCUUCUGUUGGAUAAACGACUCAUUUGUUGACUUUCUUUUAAAACAGAUAUCUACUAAAACACCAUUCACCUAAA